AUGAAUUCCGAAGAAUAUUCUUCAAAUAACCGCAGUAUUCGCAAAACAUCAGGAAUAGCAAAAGAAAGAUGGAAACUUCUGGCACAGAUUUUACAAAAUGGAGAGAAAUCAUAUGAAAACAACAUCAAGAGCUCUGUAUCGAUUCGAAGAUUUCAGAGUUUUGGUUUAUUUGAUGUAAAAACUGUAUCUGCAGAUAAAGAUGUAUUAUGGCAAGAUUAUAGUCUUUCACAACAUUCCACCCAAUUCCAACUCUCUGUCAGUGAGUUAAAAUGUAAAAUAGAUGCUGAUAAACUACAGGGUUUUAACAACACUGGCAAUAUCUGUAUUUGGCCAGCCGAAGAAAUCAUGGCGUACUACUGUUUAGUUAAUAAACAUUUAUUCCAUAAAAAGAAUGUGAUAGAGUUAGGAGGUGGUAUGACCUGUUUAGCAGGUUUCACUAUAGCAGCUACCUCUGAGGCUUCCUUAGUUCAAGUUACCGAUGGAAAUGAAGAUUCCGUUAAAAAUUUAUCAGCGAUGGUAGACCGAAAUCAACAAAGGUUUCAUACAACUGAGGUGAUCUCAAGUUUAUUUCGCUGGGGACCAGGUCCACUAGAAGAUUGUUUACAAGAAAAAUUUGAUAUUGUUUUAUGUUCUGAUUGUUUAUUUUUUGAAGAAGGAAGAAAGGAUCUAGUAAAUUCCAUGUUUAAUCUUUUAAAACCUCAGGGGGUAAUUUUAGUAUUUGCUCCGAGUCGAGGUGGAACAUUCGACAUGUUUAAAUGUUUAGCUGAGGAAAGUUUUGAUACAGAAGUUAUAGAAAAUUAUAAUCCCACAGUUUGGAGUCUACAUCAAAAGAUAAUAAGGCCAAAUGUAGAAUAA